UGGAAGCAGUCGAGAGGUUGAGUUAUCACCUUAGGAGUUUUGUUGUAUUUUUAUUUAUAUCACUGUUAUCAGCUGUCAACUUCUCUGCUGGCUGCUGUGCAGUUUUCCGAAAAGAAUGGCUGAGAAUGAGGCACACACGGCUUACGUCGCCUAUCCUCUGCCCAAGAUCACCGCUCAAAUCGAGUGCAUGGAUGCGUUCGAUGACAAAUUACUUAUUGGGACAAAGCAAGGGCAUCUCUUGUUCUACACCAUUACUCAUGGCUUAAAUCCAAAAGGAGAGCUCAUCCGUUACUGUAAGACAUUCAGUAAAAAACCAAUAUCUCAAAUUGCUGCGGUCGGGGAGUUUGGCAUUGUGAUAAAACUUUCUGACAAUAUUGUCAGUAUACACGACCUGAGCGCAACUGACUUUGCUCCCAUCAAAACACUCAAUAAAACCAAAUGUGCUACACUUUUUGCUCUAGAUAUACAGCGGAAUCUGUCGUUAACUGGAGAAAAGUCAGUGACAGUAAGACUUUGUGUUGUAGUAAAAAGAAAACUGCAAUUUUAUUAUUGGAAAAACAGAGAGUUUAUGGAUCUAACUUCAGAUUUUGUUUUAAAUGAAGUGCCAAGAGCACUUGCUUGGACGAAAGAGCGAAUUUGUAUAGGAACCAAAGCAGGCUAUUCAUUUAUUAAACUGCCAGACACGAUAAAAGAAUCAUGCAGUAUGACAGGAAAACAGUCAGAACCUCUCAUAACAAAAAUAAGACACAACGACGAAGAUUUCUUUUCCCUAGGAAUUGAAAUGAAAAGUGCUUUCGUGAGUAGCACUAAUGAUGAAAUUAUGAGCACUGCAGUCCGCUGGUCUGAUAUACCCUUGAAUGUCGGUUAUGAUGAGCCGUACAUGAUAGGUGUGCUACCAAACCAUGUUGAAAUACGAUGUUGGAACAUAGAUGACUACGUUGAAAUCAAACCACUUGAUAUAAGUUCCAAGCUGAUCUGCACAGCCAGCCCUGGCAUCGUCUACCUUGCUUGCAACGAUCAAAUAUGGAUACUCCAGGCAGAGCCUUACCACAAGCAGAUCAAGCUCUUGCUCAAUAACAAAAAAUUUGAACUCGCCCUCAAGUUAGCUAAUAUUACAAAUGAUACAAAAACUGAAAAAGAAGAAAAUAUACGCUCAAUAAGGUCACUUUAUGCCAAAGAUUUGUUUCAUAACAAAAAAUACAAAAAAUCAAUGGAUGAAUUUUUAAAAUUAGAAACAGAUCCCUAUGAAGUCAUUAAAUUAUUUCCUGAACUGGUGCAGACUGGAGACUCACCCUCUGAAGAACAACCAGAGAGAGAUCCACAGAUUUACUACGCACUGACUGAAUACUUAACUGCUGUUAGAGGAAAAAAAGAGACAGGAAACCCUGAUCAACACCAAAGCCUGAUGCAAAUCAUCGAUACGACAUUGUUAAAGUGUUACUUACAGACUCAAGAUGCAAUUGUUGCACCACUCCUUAGGCGAAAUUAUUGCAAUUUAGAAGAGGCUGAGAGGGUGUUAAAGAAGCACGAGAAAUACCGUGAACUUGAGAUUCUCUAUAAAACAAAAGGUCUUCAUGAAAAGGCCUUACAACUUUUGAAAACACAGGCCGACAUCGAGGAUUCACCUCUGAGAGGUUUGGAGCCGACUGUCACAUACCUUCAAAAUUUAGGUAAGGACCAUAUAGAGCUAAUUUUUGAGUUUGCAAGCUGGGUGUUGGAGGUUAAUCCAGAAGAAGGUCUCAAGAUAUUUACUGAAGACACCCCUGAGGUUGAAGCACUUCCAAGGCCAAAAGUUCUGGAUUAUUUAUUGAAGACGAGUAAACAUAACCUCAUCAUAUCGUAUAUUGAACAUGCGAUUUACACUUGGAAAGAAACACUCCAUAUAUUUCACAACGCUCUUAUUCACCAGUACCGAGAGCGUAUAAUGACCCUUGGCGAAAGUGAUCCUCUUGUCAAAUCCUACAAACAGAAAUUAAUAAAAUUUAUGGAAUUUUCCCAGCAUUAUGAGCCAUCCAGUGUGCUUCUUAUGUUUCCGACAAACGGAAUGUUCGAGGAGAGGGCUUUAUUAAAUGGAAAAAUGAACAAACACGAUAUUGCACUUGGGAUAUACAUUCUUGUCAUAGGUGAUUAUAAAAGAGCCCUUCAAUAUUGUGAAAAAGUCUACAGCGAACAGCGACCAGGAUAUGAAAAAGUUUACAUUGAAGUUUUGAAACUGCUUUUACAUCCACCUGACUCGAUACCGGGGAUCGACCCAUCCUCCAUUAAGAGCAGUGAUGUAUCAGACAACCUUGAUUUUGCGCUCACGCUCCUUGAGGCUCACCCGACCGAAGUGGCCCCGUCCGAAGCAAUCCACCACCUGCCAGAUGACCUUCCUCUGAGCAAGCUUAAAAAAUUCUUAAUGUCGAGUAUGAGUGACAUCAUUAAAAAAAGGAGUAAUGCUCAGCAGCUUCGAGGCUUAUUAAAUGCUUUCAGGCUUCAGAUUAGGAAAGAAAAACUAGAGUAUGAGUCCCAAAGAAUUGUUGUCACAGAUGUCAUGGUGUGCCCAGUGUGCAAAAAACGUUUUGGAAAUCAAAGUGCAUUCGUGAGAUACCCCAAUGGUCAAAUUGUUCAUUAUUCCUGCCAGGACAAAAUGACGGACACUUUACAAGCUAUGGCUUAAAAUCAAAACAUUCUUAAAUAUUGAAGAAUUUAAUAUAACAUAUUUCAUUCCUAUCUUUACUGUUAACAUUGUUUUGUACUGUAUAAAUCAUUUAUAGGAAAAAUAAUAAAAUCAAUAAUUUAUUGAACAUGUCUUACCUUAGUAUAAUCAAUUUCAAUUGAUAUGAUUAUAACUAUAAUAUACAUGUAUUCAAAAUUCCAUUGUUAUUCUAAUUGUAAUUUAA